CCUUAAGGCAGCAGCAGCGACCAAUCAGCAUGCCACUCCGGCCGUCAGAGGAAGCUGUUUAUGGGGCUGCAGCGCUAAUUAGGCUCAUGAACUAACAAAUCUGCUGGACGAAGCUGCUGCGGAAAGCGAUCACAUCCAUGGAUUAGUCCGGGACGCCUCUCGGUUUCCGCGCCGCGUCUUUUCCAACUUGUUUGCUGCGCAAAAACUUUCCCUUUCCGUGGGUGUGGAGUAUUUCACAGCACGAGCGCCGGCGACGACUUCCACCUAAACUGGGGAAUCUGGACUAUCAGACCAUGUUUCAACCCACACCCAAGAGGUGUUUUACGAUAGAGUCUUUAGUGGCGAAGGAUAAUCCGGUUCCGGUGUCCCGUUCCGAGGAACCCAUCAGGCCCGCGGCUCUCAGCUAUGCAAACUCCGGCCAGAUGAACCCGUUUCUCAACGGCUUCCACUCCGGCAGCAGGGGCGUGUACUCAAACCCGGACUUGGUGUUCGCCGAGGCGGUGUCUCAUCCGCCGAACUCCGCGGUGCCGGUGCAUCCGGUGGCCCCGCCGCACGCGCUGGCCGCACACCCGCUUUCCUCUUCACACAGCCCGCACCCGCUUUUCGCCAGCCAGCAAAGGGACCCCUCGACGUUCUACCCCUGGUUGUUACACAGAUAUAGGUACUUGGGUCACAGAUUUCAAGGAAACGAAACGAGUCCAGAAAGUUUCCUUUUGCACAACGCGCUGGCCAGAAAGCCAAAGAGAAUCCGGACAGCGUUUUCCCCGUCGCAGCUGCUGCGGCUCGAGCACGCGUUUGAGAAGAACCAUUACGUGGUGGGAGCAGAAAGGAAGCAGCUCGCGCACAGCCUUAGCCUCACGGAAACUCAGGUAAAAGUCUGGUUUCAGAACCGGAGAACGAAGUUCAAGCGUCAGAAGUUGGAGGAGGAGGGCUCCGAGUCUCAGCAGAAGAAGAAAGGAUCGCAUCACAUAAACAGGUGGAGACUGGCGACUAAACAGGCGAGCCCCGAGGAGAUUGACGUCACUUCGGACGAUUAAAACACAAGACUUGACAUAUUUACACACAAACACACACAUCCAUGUAAAUGUAGAGGCGUCCAAAUGAAGGAAACGAUGGAUACCGUAGAGACACAGGGAGGGGGCACAAGGCCCAGGCAGCUGCGGGGGACGAACCCGCCGGGCUCUGCGGUCACCGCGCGGGGCCGCGCGUCCAAAAGAAGCAGAGACUGACGGCGUCCCUUCCCGCCCACCUGAACCUUCCACGCAUCAGCCGCCACGCACGCUCACGCCGACACCCGGCUCUGUUCCUCCUUUUUGGACAUUUGCACUUCAGAAAUGUUUUUCUUCAAUUAUUGAUUUUUGAAAGUUUCCACUCGAGAUACCAAAAGAGCAAAGCGGCUUUUCCGUCACCUGCAUGUUUUUUUGUAGUUGUUUCUAAUUUGACCCUUUUUUAAAAUAUGAAGAAACUUCUUUUCCGAUGGAGAUGUGGCGCUUCUUCCGUUUCCAGCGUGUUCAGUCUUUAAUCAAUGAUUCUCGUGUUGCAGUGGUUGUGAAACAUGAAGUCGGUGCGUUUAGUGCUUUUUAUUUGGAUUGAAUUUAAUUUCAAAGAAAAGUGAAUUUGAAAGUCAAAAUCCAUCUGGUCCAGAACUCUAACGGACAGGGACAUUCCCAAAGCUUUAGCAGCGAGUCGCUGCGCCCCCGGCGGCCUGCUGUCAGGACUUGACCCCCCCAGAACUGCUGGACUAAAUGACGGAAAAAGAACUUCAAGCACUGAGCGGAUUCCAUGUACAGAAAUGUUAGUUCAUGUUUCUGUUCAAACUCUUUUUACAAAAUGUAAAUACUUUUUGUGUUUGUGUUAAAUUUGCUACAAUUUUAACACAAAAUAUACUUCCAAGAAGUAUGUAAUUGUCAAUAUUUUGUCAAUAAAGUUUUAUCAAUA